AUGUCUCAAACUUCCACUCGAGCACCUUCUAGGACACCUUCAUCAACACCUGUAUUCCCGGCAACUCAACACACCAGCAAUGCUACUGUCAACGGAGGACAUAAAACUUUAGCACAUCAUCAACAUACCACUCGAGCAGCUUACAAGUUAGCACACUUGUUCGAUUCGACUAAUAAAUAUGCGGUGUUUCAAACUACUGUGUGGAUACAUGAUAUGGGAAAUGUACCACAAAUGGACGGACAAUUUGCUGUUCGUUGGAAGUUUCGAGGCAAGAGGGCUAGGGGAUAUGAGGGUGUUACUCAAUCUCAUACCACUCCCACCCCCAAACCAUCACUUCCAAAUCUCAAACUGUCUCAACCAGGUCAAUCGGCUAGUUCACUAUCUGUCAAUUCAUUCUCCUCGACCGCAUCAUCUCCCAUUGCUCCCAUGUCCCGACCGGCAUACUCAUCCACCACACCUGCCUUAGGCUAUGGUCUUCCCGGAAGAGCCAGUACCACACCUCAAACUUUCACACCUGUCGGAGUUUUGCCGUCAUCUCGAGCUCCAUCCCGGAUUGCGGAGAAGAAAACAUCGGAUCCUACUCCUCUGCGACAGAGCACCAAGCCUGGGGGAAACCCCAUCAACCUUACAGAUUCCCCAAAAGAGAUCAAAUCUCCUAACAUGACAAGUCCUCUUGAUCCCAUCAAUCCAAGACUACGAAAAGCAAGUGAUGAGACUACCGCUAGUGGGAGAACGGUUGGUAGUGGGAGUAGUACCUCCACAUCCGGACCUAGUAGGCCUCCUUCUUCAUCAACAAGCGGUUCACUCUUACCUCCCAUUCACGCUUCUUCUCUUCCAGUUUCACAUCUACGUCCACCUUCUCUCAUGUCGGUCGGUUCAUCACAAUCUCAUCUCUCUGUCCCAUUCCCUCGCACGGUGAAUCGACCUCCAGUUCGUUCCGGUACCGUCCCAUCCACUUCAACAAUUGUCGAUCCUCUGCCAAACUCAUCAGAACCACUCAAUUCUAAUAUUCGGAAUGGGAUAUCCCGGACAUCAUCUCAUAACCCUCCAUCUCCUAUCAUCCCCAGUCCCACCACUUCUUUACGUCCUGAUCAAACUCGUCAACGAUCAACAUCAGGAGUAUCUGUUACCUCCUUUCGAUCCAUACACGCUCCUCUCCCCCGACCCAACUUUUCUACCGAGAGAAAAGGAGUAACACCUCCCGCUCAAGUCUCGGCUGUUGAUCAUUCAUGCACUUGGGAUUUCCAAUUACAACACCUACUUCGAUUACCUGUGGGAAAACUACCAGCUAAACCACCUAGCAAAGAUUCUUCCAGUUCAGCAUCGUUACGUCCACCAUUAUUGGGAUUCGGACCUCUGUCAGAUUCAGGCAUGCGAAUUGAAGUGGAACAAAUGUUGGUUUCUGGAGCUACAUCAUCUGCACCUGCUCAAGCGGCAGAUACGGAUAGCGUGGCCAGUGUGCUCGCUGCUGCUCAUCACGCCCAGAGACUCCCAGGUAACCCAAGUGAAGCGGGGAAGAGAGGUGAAAAAGAGAGUUAUGGUUGGGUAGAUAUCGAUUUGGCCAUGUUUGCUGGGAGGGGAAGAGUGACGAGAAGGUUUUUGUUACAGGGUAGGACGAAUGCUUUGGUCAAGUUGACUGUGGAAAUGAAAUUUAUGGGUGGUGAGGAGAAAUGGACGGCCCCACCACUUGGAGAAGGUCAACACGUAGCUGGACCCAACGAACUCCUCCCUUCCGAUCCACAUGAUCGUCAUGACCUUACAUUGAUACAUACAUGUCGAUCUGAUUCUUCCGAUUCUUCUCUUUUUUCCGGUCAAAAAACACCUUCACACACUUCACUGUCUUCUUCUCGUGAUAUGAAUUGUGAUCCUAUGAUCCUUCCUCCUCUUAACCAACGAUCAUCAGGAUAUAAAACAUAUGAUCAUCAUUUAAAACCUUCAUCUUCUUUUAAUUCUUCACCUCGUUUAAAUUCCCCUCAUCAUCAUCCACAACAUCAACAUCAACAUCAACAUCAUGUACAUGGACAUAGUAGGGAUUUAGCUCCUGAAACAGUUAUAGAAUCUAUUUUCAAUCCUUUCCCAGGUAAAGAAGAAGGACCUUUUUCUUAUCUCAUCAAUAAAGAUAUGACCGAGGAGAAAUUGGUUGAAGAACCUGGUGAAUUGGAAGGAAAGGAGAAUGGUUUAGUCAUGAUGAAUGGUGAUGUUGGAUUACUGGAUGGUGGGAAAGAAAGGGUUGGAAAGAUGGGUCAGAAAGAAAGGGAAGAAGAGAGAAAUAGACGAUUUGGGUUUAGGAGAAGGAUUAGAGAUAGGAAAGAUAGAGAAACGGGUAAUGAAAGAGCUCAUGUGGUCAUUGCUACUUGA